AUGUCUCAGCACUCCAUUGAAUCCGGAUACACCUCCGAAGAAGAAUGUUCCUUCAACAACCUUGAAAUCAUCGCCGCCGAUGCUAAACGAUUCGCCAAAAGUUUCUCAAUCGAAGAAGAAAUCAUCAAGUCUGCGAAUGGAAUCGUCUACUCGGGCUUCGACCUUUCCACUGGAGAAGCAGUCAUCGUCAAACAGAUCCCGAAGACUUCCGUUUCCGAAUACAUCGCCAUGGACGGUCGACAAAUCCCUUCCGAAAUUUACUUCCAGUUCAAAGCCGCCGAAGCCUGCGAAGCCGUUGUCCAGCCAAUCGACUUUUUCGAGCGAAAAUCCUCCUUCGUCCUUGUCAUGGAAAAGAUUGAGAAUGUAACUGAUCUUUACGAAUUCGUCCGACAACAUGGCGCGCUCUCCGCAGAAGCUGCUCUCUUCAUCUUCAAACAAGUCAUCGAUGCAGUUCAAGAAAUGAAAUCCUCAGGAAUCUCUCACCGCGAUAUCAAGGAUGAAAACAUUCUUAUCGACCCCGAAACCCUCCAAGUUUUCAUCAUCGACUUUGGCUGCGCAAGUAAAACCAGUUCCUGCUCGAAACCCCGCGGUACUCCUGACUACUGGACACCAGAAAUCUACACCACAGGAUCCUCCUCUACCGAAUCGGCUGACUGCUGGGCUCUUAGUGCUCUUCUCUACAUUCUGCUCACCGGAACUUGGAAGUUUGAGAACCUCAAAGUCAUUCGAAACUUCAGCCAAGAAAAACAUCUCAGCCCUGAGUUCCGAUCUCUUUUCGACCGUCUCUUUCAUCCCUGCCCUUCCAAACGAUUAUCGAUUUCUUGUCUUGCCAAACUCUUAUGA